AUGUAUCACCGCUUUCCUUCGGGUUUGCACAGGCGCCCAGUCUUCGAGCCACAAUGCACCCACGCCACCAUGACAAGAAUCUACAGCCCGAGUCUUCUCUGUUCAAACUGUCACUAUCCCGGACCUUCUGGAUGGCUCUACCAGUGCACGCAGGAUAGAGAGGACUUGAUAGAACACGCCGUGGCGAGAGGAGACUUUAUCAGCAUGGACCAGUUCGGUAGUCAGUUGACUCCAAUGAUGGGCAUUCGAAAGAGGAGCCCUGCUGCUCGUGAGGACCGGCUCAGCUUCUUUCAGGAGAUCAACCAGGAGCAGCUUGCAAAGUACCGCCCUGACCAGGUUGCUCAUAUACUCAGGCAGCGUGAAAAUGUCCAGCUCGUUAUUCAGCGAGACAAGGUUCGCAAGAAUAGUGCCGCGAUUCUCAGUCGCCUCGCUGAGCCUUAUGGGCUAGACAGCGCUUCAUGCAACAUUGGAUUCCAGAAGCCGUGGUUGUGCACUCCCCAAGAGGAAUGCCAAUACCGAGUAUGCCAAAGCUGUCGGCCUGGCUGUGCAGACCGCGCAUUUAUGAGCCUCAACGCCAUUGCCGAUGGCGAAGUGCCCCCUACUGCAGCAGCAGGCUACAGCUUCCACCUCCUUGGCCAGCGACCUAUCGUUGAUGCAAACGUGCUCACAAACAUUGGCUGCCGUCCGGUUCCUCUGCAUCACUCUUCACCCGCUCACUCUACGCAUGAUUCACAUGCAUCAACGAUGAGUGCCACGGACUGGAUCGAUGCCCAGAUAGCUCGUGGGCGCCGUCUGUGGACAAGACAGGGGGAUGACACCGAGAUCGAAGAGUACGAUGCUGAUUUUGACUGGUCUCUGACGCCCAAAGCAUCGGGCAACGUCUCUGUGCAUUUAAAGUACUCCCCCAAGUGCGAGAAUCUGGAUGUACUUGCAGAGGCUGCUGGAUCCAGUACAUUUGAUCCACAGCAAUGGACACCUCCGCCGUCGCCAGUGAUUCACUUGAACGAGACUGAUGACCGCAUCGAUGAUAUCGGCUAUUCUACUCCCUCGGAAAAGGCUUCUUCCAGUCAGAUUGACAUAUUACUUUCCGAAUCGGCAGUUUCGCAACCGGCAAGCGGCCACCUUCGUGAGUUGAGUGUCGACGAAUCACCCAACGAAGCAGCGAGUGCCGCAUCGACUCCUGUGUUGAGUGAACGGUUUCCUCCAUCUCCGCUCAAAGUGCCGCAUGGAGUAGCUAUGCUAGAGGAAAGCGUCGAAUUGGGAGUUCCAGAUGUCAUUACGCAGGCUUGAUCCCAUGCUCUUUAAAGGAUUUUAUCCACCCCCUUUCGUUCUUGUAUUAUAUGUGAUACACAUUGGCAGGUUGAUAGCGAUCGUUUUUUUGAGUCUUGCCCGCAUUGAUGGGUUCGGUAGGAGGCUUUUGUCUAGUCAAAACGACCUUUCUUUUGUCGCUGCUUGGUCUGAGACGGAGACAGUUACCUCUGUAUCUGCGCUGAAUGGAAUUCGUUCAUAAAAUAAGUGUGUUGAUUCUAGGUGCAGCAGCUGUGGUAGUAAGAGCGAACCCUCGGUAUAUCUCUACAUUGCCUCUGUCUAAUGCUAAAAGAAAUUCAAG